CAGUACUUACUAUGAAUGGUCCUGGCAACGUGGGUCGGGGAGGUGCGGGAAGGUGAUGUCGUAAAGCUGAGUGUCGUAAACCAGGUGCGGAGAAGGGGAGGUGAAGUGGAGGCAGGAGGAGGAGGAGGGGGGAGAGGGGGUGAGAGAGGAGGUGACUCUCCGGCAGCAUUUAGACACAACGAAAGGAUCAUGGCGGAUGGCCCCAGGUGUAAGCGCAGAAAGCAGGCGAACCCAAGGAGGAACAACGUGACGAACUACAACAAUGUGGUGGAGGCCGGCUCAGAGUCUGAUGAUGAGGACAAGCUGCACAUUGUGGAGGAGGAAGGCAGCCUGGCCGACGGCGCCGACUGUGACAGCACCCUGCCGGACGAAGAGCACCCGAGGGAGCACUGCUGGGACGGAGUGAAGGAGGAUUGUGUGUCAGACGCUGAGGAUGAUGGUAGCACAGAUGCCCUCAUGGAGGAGAUGCUCCAGCAAGGGGACACGGCCGUCAUCUACCCAGAAGCCCCGGAGGACGAGCCUCAACGCCAAGACACGCCGGAUGCCAGCAUCCACGAUGAGAACGCAGGAACCCCUGAUUCGUUCUCCCAGCUGCUCACCUGUCCGUACUGCGCGCGUGGCUACAAGCGUUACAGCUCCCUGAAGGAGCACAUAAAGUACCGGCACGAGAGGACCGAGGAGAGCUUUAACUGCCCCGAGUGCAGCUACAGCUUCGCGUAUCGGGCUCAACUGGAGAGGCACAUGACAGUCCACAAGAGCGGACGGGAUCAGAGACACAUCACACAGUCGGGAGGCAAUCGUAAAUUCAAGUGCACUGAAUGUGGCAAAGCAUUUAAAUACAAGCACCAUCUGAAGGAGCACCUACGCAUCCACAGCGGAGAGAAACCCUACGAGUGCUCCAACUGCAAGAAGCGCUUCUCCCACUCAGGCUCCUACAGCUCCCACAUCAGCAGUAAGAAGUGCAUCAGCGUCAUCUCAGUGAACGGCAGGCCACGCUCGGGGAACACCAAAGCCCAAAACCAAGGUCCGUCACCUGUGCUGUCCACGCCACCCUCAGUCCUCCGCACCCAGAUUAGAGAGAAGUUGGAGCACAGCAAGCCCCUGCAGGAGCAGCUGCCCCUCAACCAGAUCAAGACUGAACCUGUGGACUACGAGUACAAGCCAACAUUAAUUACAUCUUCUUCUGUGACCGCCAUGAAUGGAGGGAUUUUCAAUGGAGUUGCUGCGGCUCCUCUGCAAGGGACAGUGCAGGCGGUGGUCCUUCCCACUGUGGGGCUGAUGUCACCCAUCAGCAUCAACCUGGCAGACCUGCAAAAUGCUCUAAAAGUGGCAGUGGAUGGAAAUGUUAUCCGCCAGGUGCUAGAGAGCAAUGCCAAAGGACAGGGGCAGCUGAACUCGGGGUUAACCACUGGAACUCUCCACCCCGCACAGCAGCAACUCAUCUCAGCCAUCAGUCUGCCCAUUGUGGGUCAGGAUGGAAAUGCAAAAAUCAUCAUAAACUACAGUCUAGACCCCAACCAGGGCCAGAUCACAGCCAAAAACCUAAAGCAAGAGCCUGAGCAGAUCUCACUGGCUCAGAACACCACAGACACCUUCAAGUCCCAGAAACUUCCUGAAGAUCUCACCAUGAGAGGAUCCAGGCCCAACAAGACUAAAGAAAAAGAGGAAAAGACCACUAAAACUUGUCUCCUGUGUGAUAGCUGUCCCGGUGGGCUGGAAUCUCUCCAUGCCCUCAAGCACUGUAAGAAGGACGGUCUCAGGCUAAACGGAACAGGCCUGGAUAAGUCCGAGUCUGCGGUUGCUGCCCUGCUGUCAGAGGGAGGACUUUGCAACCAGCCCAAGAACCUUCUGUCCCUGCUCAAGGCCUACUUUGCCUUAAACGCAGAACCUAGCAAGGACGAGCUGGCCAAGAUCUCUGACUCAGUCAGCCUACCAAUCAACGUGGUUAAGAAGUGGUUUGACAAAAUGCAGGAGGGCCAGAUAUCACUUGGUGCACCAACACCUCCUUCAGAGGAAGAGGACACCUGUGAAGCUAGCAGUGUGGUGUCUCUGAUCCAAGGGAAGGACACGGCCAUGAGCCCCUCUGUGAACACAGACAGCCCUACAGAAGCCACACCAGCUGAGGUCAACGGCAAUCACAGCUCGCCGGCCUCCCCUUCGCCACUAAAUCUUACAGCAGGAGGUCCCGUCCCAGACCAGCCUUCCCAGAGCACUGAGGGACCCCUAGACCUGUCGCUGCCAAAGCCCGCAAGAGAGGAGGCGGACAGAGUGGUGGUUAAAGCCCGUGUUUACCCCUCCCCUCCCUCCGGCUCUACCAUUGUGGAUGAACCCCUAAACUUAACUUGCACAAAGAAAGAGGCAUCCCCAUUCUCAGCCAUGGGCGGCAGCCCUAUCGCACUGUACGCCAGCCAACCAAGUGCCAAACCCCUGGACAUUGUGACCACAAUGCAAUGCCUAAGGGCACUAUCCACUAACAACAAACAGACUAUCCUGAUCCCACAGCUGGCUUACUCCUAUACCACUACAGCAAGCAGUCCAGCAGGGACCCAAACACAGGAAACCAUCCACCUCAAUGGAAUCAAGGAGGAGAGGCAGGACACAGGCUCAGAGGGCGUGUCCACUGUGGAGGAGCAGAACGACUCAGACUCGGGCCCUCAGAGGAAGAAGAUGAAGAAGACAGAGAGCGGCAUGUACGCCUGCGACCUAUGCGACAAGAUCUUCCAGAAGAGCAGCUCGCUGCUGAGACACAAAUAUGAACACACAGGGAAGCGACCACACGAGUGCGGCAUCUGCAGCAAAGCCUUCAAACACAAACACCACCUGAUCGAACACAUGCGCCUCCACUCGGGGGAGAAACCGUACCAAUGCGAUAAGUGCGGAAAGCGCUUCUCCCACUCUGGCUCCUAUUCGCAGCACAUGAACCACCGCUACUCCUACUGCAAGAAGGAGACGCAGGGCCAAGGAGGAGUGCCAGGGAGCCCCGAGGAAGAGGCAGAGAUCCAAGCAGAGAUGGAGGCCCUAAGACGGCUGCAGAGCCAGCUCCUUGGGCCAUCCCAACUGGACUCAGACGAGCGAGGGAGCAGCACCAGAGAGGACGAGGAGAGCGAGGAAGAGGAGGAGAUGGAGGAUGGUGCAGUGGACAUGGAUGACAUCCAGGUGGUGCAGAUAGAGGAUGAAGGAGGAGAGGAUGAGGAGGAGGUAGAAAGGAAUGAGGAGGAGAUAGAAAGAGUAUUGGUCCAGGAAGGAGCAGAGGAAGAGGAGGAGACAGAGGUGGAAAUGAAAGAGGAAGAAGAGGAGGCUGACACAAGGCAGGAGGAGGUGCUCGGGAGCAUUCAGGAAGAGGAGGAAGACAAAGCGGAGGAAGAGGAGGCGAUGGAUGCAGAAGAAGGGGUGACGGAAGAGGAGAAAGCAGAAGGGGAGGUAGCAGAGGAGAGUGGAGGCGAAACAAACAGUAACUAAGGUUUCUGAAGACCAGAAAUAGACAUUGCAGGAGGAAGGAGAUGUUGACUAAAAGAGGAACCAGACUCCUCCAUGAGACACAAUCAGACUCCUCCUCUCCCCGUGCAGAGGAGGAACGCAGGAGAUUAUGUCCGGUCACUCUGACUGUUCCUUUCAGUUCACUACUGUGUAGAAAUCCAGGUGUGCCUGAAAAAAUACUAGUGACUUUUCCACAGGAGAACGAUGUCUCACUGUAAGAAAAAUCCAUUUGUAAAAAAAAAAAAAAAAUGAAGACGAACAUGAAUUUUAACAAACGAAGGAAAUGCAUUAUUCAGACUUUGGAAGCUAGAGCCGACACGUUUUAGAUAAUGUUUUAUUACUAAAACACCUUGGGUCAUUUCUUUUUAUCAGUGUUACUAAUUUUAUCACUCAUAUUUUAACCUUUAAAAGCUGUACAGUUGGGAGAUAUUUCUAUACCUUUUUAUUGCCAAUGAACAAAAAAAAGUCAGUAUUUUAUUAAGUUGGAGGGAAAAUAAGAAAAAUCCUGUGCACUACAAGUGGCUUGGUUUACCUAUGGAUUAAACAGUUUAGUUGUGUUUCUACCCUUCAGUAUUACCGCACUAGAUAUACCACACCAUCACGCUAGCUGAUGUUAGCAUGACGUUUCUUUUUGAUGUUCUUUUGAUUGGACUGCGAGCCUUAAGAAGAAAAACAAAGGAGUGUGAGGAUGGUCUUUUUGGUCAUUUUAGACACAUAGUCGUCAAAGUUUCAUUCAUAGAGGGUUUAAUUAAGGAUUGAUAGAUUGGGAAAUAUCCUUAUUUCUUCUUUUUUUUGGUUGAGGUAGAUAAGAAGGUAGAUACCACAAUCAUAACUCAACAAUAAAUAUACAAGCUAGCAGCUGACUAGCUUUGCUAAAAAUGAAGACCAGGACAUAGGGAACUAGCGAAGUUCUAGCUAAGGCUAAAUGUACAGCUGCAGUUAUUCUGUGUGUUUUUUCUCUGAGUAUGUAACCCAUUCUUUCAAGUCCCAAAUGGCAGCUUUAAUGCUUGCCAUGCUAAAGAGCCUGUUGAGUAUGCCAGUUUAGCCUUGUUUAUAGUAUGCUAAACAAGGCUAAACUUCUCUUGGCUGAAGCCAUACAUCAACCAAACAAUAGUGAAAGUAUCAAUAAACAUUCUCCUCACAAAGUUAAUGCAAAAAAGCUACACCAAUAAGGAAAGGUUUUCACUUCCUGUUCCAAUGUGGGCUUGGUCCGUAUUUCCCACUCCAUUAAAUUCAAAGUGUUUUAAAGGAAAUAUCAACUAACAUGUACAAGUUCCUUUAAAUGUCUUAUGUAUCUGGUUGGAGGAGUGGCAAAGGAAACUGUUCAGCGCUAACAAAGAGAAGACACAUUUGUAAUUUGAUUUUUCAUCUGAUACGUCUAAAAUAAGAACAGCAUGUCAUUCAGUGUCUAAAUUUCCAGAAUGGCCUCGGGAUCAUGGCUGUUAUACACCUGACAUCUCCUUUUUGAAUCGUCUCGGUAUCAACCUUUAUAUUUAUCUUCCCACACAAACAAAAUAAGGAUAUUUUCCCAAAAUGUCAAACUGUUACUUUAAAUGUUCAGAGUGAGCAUAAAGGGGAGUAAGAAAACUGUCUGACCCUCUCUAUACCUUCCCCCCACUCCGAGCCGUAUGCAAAAAAAAAAAAAACGUAAAGAAGAGAAACAUGCAUAUCAAAAGUGCCAUUGAAAAUUGCUGUUGAAGCUUAGCAGCUGUUAUCAGGUAUUGCCGGAGCCCAGAUCAACCAAUAAGCCGGAAUACUGUUGACUUUGGCUCGCCAUGCACCGCACCUGAGAGAGCAGAGUUCAGCCUACCACGUUUUCACGUAUCAUAUAGACUUUAGGAAAGGUUAUUUUGUUUCUAAUCUGAGCGGUUUAUGGAUUACAAUGCACAUGUUUUCUAAUGGAUGGUGAAAUAUGAUUUGUUAACUGUGUCCUGCCUUUUCAAAGCUUAUCCAGUGCACUUGUUUAACACACCAUGACACGCUCUGAUGUCUCUUCAGGUAACAAAAUGAAGGCUAAUAUGAAUCCCAGGAGUUUCAUUUGACAUGUUUUUACCUGUCAGUAUUAUUAUUAUUUUGUCUCUUUUGUUGUUGUAUGUUCUGUUUCAGUGUGUGUACUGUAUGUUUUCAGCAAUGGCAGUAUUAUCCCCACCCACAAGGAGAUGGGUGUGUCUGUUUAGUCCUAGAGAACUUUUAUAUUUAUGUGUCUUAUUUUUUAUAUUUCUUUAUGGUUAUUUAUUACACUAUGUAGUGUACAAUACUGUAGUUUGUAUUAAUACGAUAAUAUAUUUUAGUAUGGGAAAAAAAAAUACAUUCAAAGGCAAAUAACUACAAGCCUGGAAAAAUGAGACUCCGGCGUACUGAAGUAUGUUUUUUCGAACAAACAAAUUGAAGUUUUCCUCGGGAAAUAAAGAAACUCGCACCCUGCAAGCCUGAAAAUUGGAACCUGUGACCUCUCUGCAUCCAUUCUCAUGUUAGUUUAGUUUUCUUUCCCCUCUCUAAUAUGAAGCUACUGAACUUUUGAAAACUAAUAGUAUGUCUAAUAGCAUGAGUGUGUGCUGUUUUAUUGAAGGAUUAUCCUUAACCACACAAACUGUCCUUUUUUUUUUUGCCAAGCCAAAAUAAUAUUGACGUAUGUUCUUCUGUUUUUAUUUGUGCCAAUUUGUUACUUUAUAUGUCAGUGUCAAGACCACACCCACUUUUAUAUGCCCCCUGCCUUUAACACCGUCAUCUUUUUUAUAGUGAUUUUUUUUUUUUGUCCUUUUGGUUGUUUCUUUUGUUUUUUGUUAUUUUUUUUUAUGACUCCCCAUCUCACAAUAAAAUACAUCAAUUACAAACUG